GCUUGACGUUCUGUCAUCAUCUGCGUUGCAAGAGAAAUGAUGUUCAAGCCUUCCUGGUAGAAGCAAUCGCGGAUCUGUGUUAUGGUUCGCUAGCGUCUCAGGUCGUCGACGAUUUUGUAGACUAUAGAGCCAUGACAAGGCCGCACGUAUUAAUAAUACAAGCAUGACGUCAACUCAAGUGUUUGAUGAUAUCGCGUCCAAAAGCCGAGCUCCUUCCACAUGGUCAAAGCAAACCGGCAACAAGCGUCUGCUCAUGAGGAACUGCAAGACAGGUUCUCGACGAGCCAUUUGGAGCUUCGGCACGACGGCGGCACCAUCCGCGUAUCGUUCCUGAACGUGAUCGUGACGUUCAUGCUGUUCCUGACAGUGCUCAUGAUGGCGUCGGGCGUUGCCGUGUCGGCCGCCACCAGCUGGCUCGUGGGCUCGGUGCUCAUCUUGCCGGCCGUGCUGCUUCUCUGCGCCACGGCUCUCGUGGCCACCUGGGUCAUUAGCCGACACUCGGUGCCCGAGCGCAGCUCAAGCGACUCAUUCCCGAGCGUCGUCUACUCGCUGCUGGCGCAGCAGGCCACCGACGUCAGGCGUGGCUCCGCUGCCUGGGCCGAAAGUGGCAUACCGCAGCAACUUGACCCCGAGAAGCCGCGGCAGCAGUCCCACAGAGGUUACGCCAACGCCGUCUCUUUUAUGGAGUGAAAGCGACCGUCUGUCCUUCACAGCCAAUCCUUGACCAAUGCCCUUUGCCUCUUCGCGACAUCGUGGCGUUUGUUUCUGAACAGUCUUCAACGUAAAACAGUAGCUCUAUCUUCACUGGCAAGAAGUGUAUCUCGAAAGCUCAUUCAUGGUGUCUGUUUCUAUUGUAGAAGUCAUUGAGCGCAAUCCUUACGCUUUUCUGUAGAAAAUUCAUUGACACUGUAAGUGUGGUGUGAUAGCUACAUGUUACUUCCUAUCUGUAACACGCACGGCGUAUGUGUAUUGUACACUAUUGCUUGGUGCUUCAGAUACGUUUACAUUAGCCAAGAACGCGUUGCAGAACGCACAUGUUUUGUAUUCCACGAACAAGCACAGAUUUUUGUGCUACAGCAACUCGACUGCGCCUGAGAUAGCAAGAAGUGCACAAACGUAAUGUCGGUCCGAGCUUUUUCGAAAACAUCACGUGGAAUCUUCUCCAGCUACUGUUCGUGUUAUAAGCCGGGUCAACCAAAACACAAAAUAGUGCUGAGUUCUUAUUUCAGCGACAGCUAUUGGGGGUGCUUCAUCCAAUUUCCUUGGGGUAGGCCGCAUCACCAUCAUCAUCCUUCCCUGGCAGAAAGAAGUCGCCAGAAAAUAAAACUGUAUUUCCUACCACCCAUAAUUUCAUACCGGCUUGCAAACUGUGUAUUUUUGCGAUUCAUUGCCUUCGUCGUAAAAUUAUUGUGCUUGGCAUCUAUGACUGGUCUGCGACGAGUGGUUAAAAAUAUUGUCUUUCCCACUUGAACUCGGCUUCAAAUUGUGUGGUCUGUGUAAAGCUAUUCUUUUUCUUUCUUUUUUUUAAGUAGGUCACGUGACGACUUGCGUUACGUCCGCAUCACAUUAACAACGUCAAAA